AUGAGUCCUCUUCCGAUUAAUCCGUCGAUACCGUCGGCGGCAUCGCUGGCGUCGCACUUCGCUCGAGCCAUCUCCCACGUCUUGACGACGCGCGACGAGGACGAGGAUAAGAAGUGCCAUCCGCGACCUGACAUAGACCUUUGCGAAAAGCCCGAAGCAUCCAAACAUAGCACUGCAAUCGUAGUCGGGGUAUUAGGCGGCCUCCUCGUUGUCUCAACAGUCGGGACGCUUUUCGUACUACACAUCCGGCGCCAGCGACAAGACAGGCGAGAGUUUCCCAAGAACAACCAAGAACUUGAUGACUACGGUGUCGGUCCUAUGCCCCCUACCACCACUGCUGCCAAACCUCCCAGACCACCUACCAGACCUCAGAACGCGUAUCGCCAGCCGCACGUGGAAGCAGACGAUGGCGACGACCUCAAACCGCCCGGGCGGCGGGAUUCCCUAAACUCUCUUGCGCGUUCUAUCCGCGGCAACCCAGAUGCUUACAGGUCGAGGCCAGAUGACACAUCGCACGAUAUGAAACCCGUAGAGCCGACAAGUCAGUUGUAA